AUGAAAUGCAUCAUGCGUGAAGGCCUCAACUGUUGUGACCGCUGUUGGUAUCAACACCAGUCUUGCAGCUUGGUGAAGGCGGUCAAGGUGGCAGGCGAUAGGGCACUAAUCCAACAUGUGGGGUACGUGGAUUGGUACCGGGCCAACAACUUCACCUACGCGGCGCCCCCAAUUGCCCGCGAAGUCUUCAAAAUCUGCCACAUUCGCGACACUCCCCACCUGAUCCUGACCUGGGUGAUCGACCUUCUUACUGAGGAGCUGGGUUUUCCGCCAACUAACCUGCUCCCGCCGCUCCCUUCCAGCGAGUCAGCCACCACCACACCAGAGCCUAUCGGUUCCGUGGCUGAGGAGAAGGAGGAGGAGGAGGAGGAGGAUGCAGAGGGCAAUGCGCCUGUAACGACCCAGGAUCGGGUCGUUACGGGCAUCGUACAUCCACGAGCCCAGCGCCCGCCUGCCGACUCUGAGUCCUCUGACAAUGAUUACAUCGACAAAGAGCUGGCUCCGUCCGCGGACAACAAGCCCCUGGAUGCGGACAUGGUGGAUGUGUCCUUCAAGGCUCCUAUCGCGCAGCCAGCCGCUCAUACACCCUCUGUUGCCACUGCUGUUCCCAAGGCUCCCCAAGAGGCUCCUGCGUUGGCCUUGCCACUCCUGGACACCACCAAAAUUGCGCCCAAUCGUGAAGGGACCCUGUCCCAAAAAUAUGUCACACCAUGA